AUUCGAAACUGAAGCUGUGUAAUUGCCAGAGCCACGUCGCGAACGUUACUUAAAUUCUUUGUUUCAGUACUCCAAUUCCAAAGUUCACAUAGGAAAUGCAAAUCCAGAACUAGCUGUAUAUCACCGUACAAAGUAAAUCCAGCGCAACAGUUUUAGAUUUUGACCGACUCAAUCUCGUAUUUAUUUAAUUCCUUUUACGACAAUCAUCACUUCCCUAUAAAUAAAAAAGGCUGCUGUCUAGGGUUUUCACGUCCUUCUCCACAUAAUUUUCGCGUAGUCGAGUCUCAACUUUCGAAUCUCAAAAACCCGAAAAAAAACCAUCUUGAAAAAUCACUACUUUUUCUUUUUCUAGGUUUUCCGAUUAGGGUUUCGGAAUUGCUAAUGGGGUUAAGUUCUUGAUCGGAAACUUAAAGUAGAGAUAAAAUUUCAAGCGUUAAAGGAAUCGACAUUGAUUUGGGCUUUUAUAAAAAAAAUGAAGCGAUCGAGGAAAUCGGACAGGGUUCCUCGGGCUCCAGGUGUCAAUCUUCGUCAGGGUAUUGUCUCAGGCAAAGUUGUUUAUGGGAGAGGAAUGCCCUUCAAAAGUCGGUGAACAUGAAGCUACUCUUCAAGCAAAAACAUCAAGGUCAUUGCAUUCCAAUGUCAUGUGUGCUAAUGACCUUCUCCCUAGGUUUGAAGGUGGUAAUCGAUUGAAGUAUGAUCCAGCUGAGAUGCCUAGUGUCCAAUGGACAUGUCCUCCAAAAUUUGUCUUGAAUUUUAACUGGCGUGUUGCAGCUGGUGAAGAGAGCGAGGAGGUAGAGGCUCAAAAACUGCGGGAAAUGAGAGUGCUUGAAACAGUUUAUCCUUGCCUUUCUGUCAUUCCUCCUAGUCCCUCUGUUUCCCUGGAUGUAGAAGUGGAACCCUAUGAUGAUAGCCAAAUUCCUCUUGUUCCUCUGACUCCAAUUGAAGAUGAGGAGGGUGCAGAUGCAUCAGAUUUUGCUGCUCAACCCAAAGCUCCAUCUAACUCUGAGACAGCAGCAUUGCUAAUGCCCCCAGGUCUCUCAGUAUAUGGAACUCAUCCUAGUUCUGCUGCUGAGUCACCUGUCGUUGACAUGUUACCUGGUGUAAGCUCUGAUUUAAUUAUAGCCGCUUCGGCCAUCUUAACUGCAGUCACUAAAAUCAAAGAGCAGGGGAGUUUGAUCGACACUGAUUUGCUCGUUAAAAUCUUUUGUGAUCCAAAGAUGGUUGAGCAAUUAAUUAAUGCUGCUGCCAAUGGCAAUGUGGUAAGUAAACGUGUAUAUGCUUCAGAGCCAGAAAGAGGAACAACCUUUUUGCCUUGCCUAAAACCUGCUACAAUUUCAUCACCAAUGCCAGCUAACAGAAGCUCGAACCAUUUAGUAAAAGAGUUCCAUCCUACAUUAAGUAUUCCAGAUUCCAGAGCAGACAUCGUUUCCCCUACUAUGCCCAUGAGAGUAGAGUCAUCAGUUCCCUUAUCCGGUACGAAUAUAAUUACGAUUUCAGGACAUAGGGCCGCAAAUGGUAAUCCUUACUCCACCUUGAACCAGUUGCAACCAGUUCUUUGUACUAUGCCUGUUCAGCCCAACUCUGUUCAGAAUGUGCGGUCAGCUAUUAGUUCAACAUCCAAGCAACGAAAUGCUGGUCUGUCUGUUGCUGCAAUGGAAGCCAACCCUGUGAAGGACACUAACUAUUUUAAGAACUUGAUUAGGGAACAUGGAAGAGAAAAGCAAGAGGCUAAAGUGCAUAAUAUCUCACAAACUGUAAGUCAUUUUAAUCACAACCUAAACCUGAAUCUGGUACAGAACUUAAAACCUGUGGCAUUGAAAACCAAGUCUCCAAUACCUUGCAUGUAUUUUAACAGUCCAAAGGGUUGCCGUCAAGGGUCCAAUUGCCUUUACCUGCAUGACAAGUCAUUUAAGUUUACAACUGCCGGAAUGUUGGAACCUCCGAGUGCUAAGAGAAUGAAAUUAGGUCCGUAAAUUACAAGAAGGAUAUAAGAAGGAUGGUCUAAAUUCACUCCUUUUCCUUUAGAUUUUUUUUUCUCGAGAUUAGAUACUUUCCGUUUGGCUGGUAUCUGAGGAGAGUUUGAGCGAAGUUUGGUCAUA